AUGUCAAGAUCCGCAAGUGAUCCCAAUCUCAUGGAUGACACGCGCGCAAGAGUGCGCCGCACAGCCACGCCACCUCCACGGCCAGGUGCAAGGGAAGCGGCGCAGUUGCCGACCGAGGCCGAGAUCCAACCGGCUGACAACAGCAGCGGGGACGAAGCGGCUCGGCAAGCCGAAGCCAAACCUGAUAAGUUGCAGCAAUGGCCCUUCCGGCAGCGAGGAAUCAUCGCGUUGGCCUUGUCCUGUUGCGCCCUGAUGCUGGCGAUGGGACCUGCGGCCUACUGCUGGCUCAACCAGGGGCGGGCAGAGAUGGCGGACACCUACCGCGGCGGCGCCCACUUCCCCAACAACAAGAGCUGCGGCCUGGGCGCUGAGGCGACACACCAUCGUCCAGCUUUGUACCUGGGCCGGGACUAUGUCAACGAGGUGGCCAGGGUAGUGGCGGGCAUCGGCAUCGACCUUCCCGGGCAACACAUCUUCGCCAUGGGCGGCGCCAGUCUUUUGGCCUACGGCUUCUCCAUGGGCUUCGGCGCCUUUGUGGUGGAGGAAGCCAACGAAGGCUUCGCCUGGAGCCAGAUGCAAGAGGAGUACAACGAAGUGCGGAAUAUGCCCAGCUCGGAAGUGGACGAGAUGAUUUGUCACUACAGGCGGCGCGGCCUGUCCGAGCAGGAUGCACGCACAGUGUCUGGGAUCCUGUCGCAAUACGAGGACUUUUGGGUGCACCACAUGAUGGCGGAGGAGUUAGGCAUUCAGCUGCCCAGAGGAGGCUCUGCGGCCCUGCAGUCCGGCCUGGCGACAGGAAUCUCAUUUCUGGUCUUCGGCAUCGUGCCACUCCUAGGCGCUCAGCAACUUCCCCCGUGUCAGUCUGCAGCCGCAUGA